CGUAUGCAAUAAUGGCCGACGAGGCGGGAAUCCUUGCAGAAUGCUCCGGUCCAGGGUUCAGCGACAUGCCCGAAGCGCUCAUCCAGCGGGUGCUCGCCGUGCUAGUAGCAUUGAGCGAUAUAUCUUCUUUGACCACGCUUUCAUGUGUGAGCAAGGCUUGCCGAGAGAGCUCGCGAGCAGCGUUGCAGGUGUGUACGGAGCUCCGUCCCUGCCUACCCAGAGGCGGUCGCGCCACGGAGGCGCUGCGCUCGGUGCUGCCUCACUGCCGUGGCCUUGUGGAGUUGGACCUGCGGCCUAGCCACGGCUCGGUGUGUGACGAGGCGUUGGGGGCGGUGGCGAGCACUAGCAGCCUGCGGGUGUUGCGGCUGGACCAUUGCUCCGCCAUCACCGCGCAGGGCGUGCAGACGCUCUGUUCGGGAGCAUUGACGGAGCUGCAAGAGCUGACACUGCGGAGUGCGGGCGACAUAGGGGACGGGGCGGCGCUGUCCGCUGCCGGCGCGCUGCCCCGCCUGACGCACCUGGACCUCAGCUGGUGUCACUGCGUGCGGGGGGACGCGAUCGCUGCAUGUGCCCGGCGGCUGAAACGGCUGACGCUGCACGGUUGUGAACUGGUGGACAGCGCGAUGUGCCAAGGCCUGGAGGCGCUGGAGGAGCUGGAUGUGGCAUUCACACGCGUGUGUGACGUGGGGCUGAUGGCGCUUGCGGCCCACAGCCCCAACCUGCGCAGGCUGGUGCUGGCCUGUCGGUCUGACAACCUGUGGACGACCGGCAACUGGAGCGAUACGGGGCUGGGCGAGUUCCGCAGACUGCGCCCCGACGUGGAGGUAGUGUUCGCGUCAUGCUGAGGGCCACGGGCGCAUGUAUGGGCAUGCUGGAAUGGUCUCGAGGUGGUGGCUAAGGGAGGAAGGCGACAGGUGCUGCAU